ACCCUGAGUGUGAGCUCUGCUCCUCCGUGAGCCACUCGCCCCCUUGCACAAGAGCGUGAGCCCUCGUGCCCCUGUGGGGGAGGCCCCCUCCGAACCUCACACACCUGCUGCUCUCUCAGCGCUACGACUUCCUGCCGGGAGCUCAUUGCCCGCCGCAGCUUCCUGCCGGGGGGAGAGCGCGAGCAGCGUGGCGUGGGUGGCAGCGCCGGAGGAGCCAGCACCGGACGCGCCACGGCCCAGGUGUGAUGGAAGCCGUCUCUCUGACCGGGGUGCUCUGGGCCGUCGUGCUGGUUCUCCCGGCCGUGCUGGCCACGGCUCUCUGCAUCGGCUGCCGAGACACCGGCUCCCCUGGAGCAGAGUGGGCCAGACCCCCCCUGCCCCCACCCCUAACGCUGCGCCCUGCUCUCUCACCAGCCCACGGAGCCCAGGCGGUCGGGGACUACGAGUACAAACCCCCACCUUGCGUCCCCCCCAACAGCUUCAUGGUGCUGACCCGAGCCAACUAUCCCUCCAGGAACCAGAUCAAACAGCAACCGGUGGCGCCUGCUGAGCAGUUCCUGUCCAUCCCGCGAUCCCCACAGGCGCCCCAGAGCCGCCAAGUCUCCCUCAGCAGGACAGAGACCGACAAUGACAGCGUCCCCAGCUAUGAAAAUGAGGAGCGGCCUCGUGGGGAUGACGACGACAAUGACUAUAACAACGAGAUCUACAUCCCUGGCUACGUGGAGGUGCUUCCUGACAGCGUCACCGAGACGUCCCCCACGGAGCUGGUCACCUCAGGGCCAGAGCUCAGGGACAGCGUGUCCUCAGUGGCAAUGGGGGAUGAGUACGAGAACAUGCCGGAGGCCCAGAGGGAGUCGCUGGCUGACAGCCUGGAGUACGUCAACAUGCCAGAGCCUGGAUCCAGCCGCCCUGACGCCCACUACGGCGCCAGCGACCGCGAGAGCGAGGAUGAUGGCCCUGACUACGAGAACCUGCACCGCUGAGUGUGAGG